AUGCAGCUGGGCGAGCCGCUGCUGCUGGCGACGGCAGGGACCCUACCGGGCGCUCCUUUUUAUCCACUGGAGGGCGGUGGGCGCGGCAGUGGGGCUGGAGCGGGAACCGGGGCAGGAACCGGGGCGGUCGCUGGCAGCGGCUCCCGUGGGCAGCCCCGGCCGGGGUCGCCUCAGCGACUCGACCUGGACAAGACGACCAAGAAGUUUGGAGCGGCCCCAACCAUGCUGGGCGAAGCGGAGGCGGGCGAGCCGCCCUUCACCGCUCCCAAGCCGGACGGUCGCAAGGCCACCCCCUGCGGCGAGGAGGAGCUGCCCCCGGCCGCCGCCGCCCGCUAUUCCAUGGACAGCCUCAGUCCCGAGCGCUACUACCUUCAGUCCCCUGGGCCGCCCGGAGCCGAGCUGGGGGGGCCAUGCGCCCUCUUCCCUUACCCGCCGACUGCGCAGCAUGGCACGGUCUACCAGGCGCCCGGCGGUUCCCGUUACCCCUACGGCUCGGUGCUGUCACCGGGCGGCUUCACGGGCACCGUCUGUCCGCCCGGUAGCCGGGCGCAGUUCGGUGGCGGCAGCGGGUACCAAUACGGGCAGGCAGCGCCCGGAGGACCCCUCUACGGCCCGUAUCCGGCGGCGUCGGGCUCCUGCAGCGGGCUGGGGGCGCUAGGGGUGCCAGCCGCCGGCCCAGGGUUGAGAGCGCAGGUUUUCCUCUGCAACCGCCCGCUUUGGCUCAAGUUCCACCGGCAUCAGACGGAAAUGAUCAUCACCAAGCAAGGCCGGAGGAUGUUUCCUUUCUUGAGCUUUAACAUCACUGGCCUCAACCCCACUGCCCACUACAAUGUCUUCGUGGAAGUGGUGUUGGCAGACCCCAACCACUGGCGUUUCCAAGGGGGCAAGUGGGUGACUUGCGGCAAGGCAGACAACAACAUGCAAGGCAAUAAGGUGUACGUUCAUCCCGAGUCGCCCAACACCGGGGCUCACUGGAUGAGGCAGGAAAUUUCUUUCGGGAAGCUGAAGCUAACGAAUAAUAAAGGUGCUAACAACAACAACGCGCAGAUGAUAGUACUGCAAUCUCUACACAAGUACCAGCCCCGGCUACACAUUGUGGAAGUGACUGAAGAUGGUGUUGAAGAUCUGAAUGAUUCCUCAAAGACUCAAACAUUUAUUUUUCCUGAAACACAGUUCAUAGCAGUUACAGCAUAUCAAAACACUGAUAUUACUCAGCUCAAAAUUGACCAUAAUCCCUUCGCAAAAGGUUUUAGAGACAACUAUGACUCCAUGUACACAGCUUCAGAAAAUGACAGAUUAACUCCAUCUCCCACGGAUUCUCCUAGAUCCCACCAGAUAGUCCCCGGUGCCCGAUAUAGUGUGCAGCCAUUCUUCCAAGAACAGUUUGUCAACAAUCUGCCCCCAGCCAGAUUUUACAACAGUGAGAGAACUGUCCCUCAGACAAACGGCUUGCUCUCCCCACAGCAGAAUGAAGAGGUGGCCAGCCCUCAGAGGUGGUUUGUAACGCCUGUUCAGCAGCCCAGUACCAACAAACUGGACAUGAACUCCUAUGAGUCUGAUUAUUCUCCUAGCACCUUGCUCCCUUAUGGCAUUAAAUCCCUCCCUCUUCAGACAUCCCAUGCUCUGGGGUACUACCCUGACCCAACAUUUCCAUCCAUGGCAGGCUGGGGCAGCAGAGGCUCUUACCAGCGAAAAAUGGCAACAGGAUUACCUUGGACCUCCAGAACAAGUCCUCCAGGUUUCUCUGAAGACCAGCUUUCCAAGGAGAAGGUGAAAGAAGAAAUCAGCUCAUCCUGGAUAGAGACUCCACCCUCCAUAAAAUCGCUAGAUUCAAAUGAUUCUGGGGUCUACACAGGUGCUUGUAAGAGAAGGCGGUUCUCCCCUAGCACUUCCAGCAAUGAGAAUUCUCCAACUAUGAAAUGUGAGGACAUUAAUGCUGAGGACUAUAGCAAAGACACUUCAAAAGGCAUGGGCUACUAUGCAUUCUAUACUAGUUCUUAA